UUACAAAGCAAAAACAUGAAAUUCGCUGUAACGGUAAUAUUUGUGAUUACGCUUUCUUUAGCAAAAGCUGAACAAGCCAAUACAAGUGAGCGCUGCACGAAUGCUUGCCCGAAACAUUUGGAUCCUGUUUGUGCGGUUUCCGGAGACGAGAGUGCUGCAACGGAGUCGAGUGCAGUGGGCGAAGGCGUCGUGUACCGUUACUUCCAUAACGACUGCUUACGGCGUUAUGCGAGUUGCAGCACCGGCACAGUCUGGCGCAUUACGUCUUUGUCGCUUUGCCUCAAGCAUGUUGAUCCCUUGGUGCGUGAGCAGUGCUUACGUCCUUGCCCAUUUAUUUAUGAACCAAUUUGCGCUUCUAACGGUAAAACUAAAGAGAUUUUUGGCAAUAGCUGCAUUUUGGAAGUUGAGAACUGUCUUUCAGUUGAUGCGUGGACUUUAAUAGAUGACAGCGAUUGUGGCUUGUAACUGCUUAUACUUACAUAAAUAUACGCACACACUAUAUACAUACAUACAAGUAUGUGUAUAUAUGUAUAUAAAGGCAAAUUUGUACUUAAAAUGUUUACCUUGAAGUUGCGCCAAAUAAAAUGUUUUCACA